UCUGUUCUAGCCUGGCAGUCGUGUCGUCGCCGCGGCCGUGCGCUGCUCUGUUCUAGCGGUUCGGUCGGUAGAACAAGUCUCGGCCCAACGUUGGCCCAAGAGAGGCGGGCAGGCAGGCAAUCCUCUGUACUAGAAAUACGAGCGGCGCUAGAGAGAUAAAAAAAAUCUCGCUAGGGUUCGUCCGUCCGCUCUCAGUGGUCAGAACCCAGACCUCGGCCACCGCCCUCUUCUUCUCCGACGAGGAGCCAGCCAUAAUCCUCCGCCUCCGGGUCCUCUCCUCUGGCGCCCGGGUCAGUAGCGCGCCAGCCAGAUCUUUAAAUUUCCAUGCCGAAUUCGAUUCGACCCCGUUUAUUCCAUCUAACGCGGGGGUAAAUUUGAACCGCCUUGCUCUCGCUGGCGCCAGACCUUCCUUCUUCUUCUCUUCAUGGGUGAACUGCUGUUUAUUAAUAUAUAUUUAUAUGAAAUGCUCAAAAAAUAUAUAUAUUUAUAUGACCGGAUCAAUAGCAGCUGCAGCAGCAGAGGAUUCCACCUACGGAGUGCAAGCCAACUCGGUUUUGCUCCGGUAACGGAGUAAUAUUCGGCGACCUCGUGUAGCUGCAGUCCGAUUAGGACCCCUCCCUUUCGGACUGGUUAUUAUAAAUAGUGGCAGAAUAAGGACGAGCCACGCUCGCCUGGAAGAUUUCGUUCCAAGCCCCGUCAGGUUUCAGCGUCCUCACACUCCAUGGAGGCGAUAAAUACCGAUUGCAGCGACAGUUCCCGCAGCCAACAACUGAAGGACGAAGAUAGGCUCAGCAUGCUGACUGAUGAUAUUUUACUGUCCAUCUUGGGGAGAGUCAGCUCAUGUAUGGCUGCAAGGACAAGUGUGCUCUCUACACGGUGGAAGCAUCUGCCUUGGUUGCUGCCUGAGCUCAGCAUCGAUGUGAAGGAUUUCCUAUCCGCUCCGUGCGCUGACCCUAUUGAGGAAAAUGAUAUGGAACAAGCUAUGAAGUCUUUGACCAAAGCAACCAGGAGUUUGUUGGAUAAACAACAGAGAGAAUCCACUAUCUCAAGUUUGCACCUUGAGCUCUAUCUGUUCAACGCUUUCCUUUGUGAGGUUGGCCCACUGAUAGGUGAUGCAAUCGACAGUGGUUUGUUGAAAGAUUUGGAUCUCACCAUUCUUGAUGAGACAGAGCCUCUUGACCAUAGUGAGGAAGAGAUGCAACAGCGAGCUCAAGACAUCGAUGCUUUUUUCACUGCCUACCCUAGUGUGCUCCACUGCCUCACAAAGCUCUCUCUAAAAAAUGUAGGCUUUGACAAAUUGGACAUGCACCAUGUUCUGUUUGACUGCUGCAAGCAACUGAAGCAUCUAACCCUUCAUCAUUGUGAUACUGGUUCCUACUCUCUCUUUAAGAUUGAUGCACCACACUCAAAACUCUGUGUUCUAGAAAUCGGAAAGUGUCGCUUUCUGAGAAUCGACCUUGUCUGCCUCCCUAAUCUGGAGAAGUUGGUUUGCGAUACUUGGGUAUCUCAGUGUGCCCCGUUGACCUUUGGUUUUGUCCCUUCUCUUGGGGAAUUAGAACUCUCAUGUGGUUCAGAUUGUGAGCAACGCGGAUUUAAAUUAAGUGAGCUUCUACAUGGAGUAACAAGCAUACAUAGUCUCACAUUGGAUUUCCAAGGAGAAACCCUUUGGUUGCAUCCUGAAAUGGAGGAUCUCCGCACCGCAUUCAGCAAGCUAAGGAAGCUGUCUGUACUUGGUAUCUUUGUUGAAUUUGACAUUUUAUGGACAACGGCCUUUCUUGUAGCAGCACCAUCUAUUGAAAUGUUACAUAUUGAGGUAUGGGAACAUACAUGCGAUGUGGGUGAGGCCAGACCUGCUUCCUUCCAUGACAGAAGGAGCCCUCAGUGGGAAAUGCACUUGGAUAGCAGCUCCGAGAACAAGCUUCUGAAAGAGCUAGAAUUUGCUGGAUUUAAAUCGCUAGAACAACAGUUUACAUUUAUAAGAUCCAUGUUGGAGCGAUCUCCCAACUUGCAGAAGAUGGUACUGAAAGAUGAGGUGCAGUGCGAUGACUGCGAUGCCCUUGAGGUACCUCGCCCUUCUAGAUUUCCGAGGAAGAAAGAUGAGCAAGAAGUGGUCGUUAAGCGGAUUAUAGAUGGCAUUUUCUCGCCAGAGAUAAUUUUUCAUGAAUAAGGAGAGAUGACAAUCUCAGGCUAAAUAAUUUUUGAUGCUUAUAAGUUGUACUUCCUCCGUCCCAAAGUUCUACUAAACCAGCGACACUUAUUUUGGGACGGAGUAAGAAACAGUCUGUAUGCUCCAUGUCUUGUCACUUUAAUAUUCCUCCUUGUUUCC